GAACUACUUAAAUACGGAGUACUAUGCAAAAAGCAAAAUUUCUCUCAUACGGAGUAUAUCGUAGACCUCAUAGAAUAGGCAGCAUAUUUCCUGACAACCUUCAUGGAAUUGGCGACGGCGUCAAAGCCGAAAGGUCGACAGUGCGUUAUCUGUAACGAAAGACGCGCCGCCCUGAAACGCCCUAAAAACCUUCAACCUAUAUGUAGGGAGUGCUUCUACGCAGCUUUUGAAGAGGAGAUCCACAUGGUUAUCGUAGAAAACCACCUCUUCAAGCCUGGCGAACGCAUCGCUAUUGGUGCUUCCGGUGGAAAAGAUUCUACGGUGCUUGCUUAUGUCUUGUCAGAGCUGAAUCAAAGGCAUAACUAUGGACUUGAACUCUUCCUUUUAUCUGUGGAUGAAGGCAUCACUGGAUACCGAGAUGAUUCUCUUAAAACUGUUAAAAGAAAUGAAAUUCAGUAUGGACUUCCACUAAAAGUCAUUUCCUAUAACGAGUUGUAUGGGUGGACAAUGGAUGAAAUAGUAAAGUUGAUAGGUCUGAAGAACAACUGCACUUUUUGUGGUGUUUUUCGUCGCCAGGCCCUUGACCGAGGUGCUGUUUUACUGAAAGUGGACAAGUUAGUAACUGGGCAUAAUGCUGAUGAUAUAGCAGAAACAGUCCUUUUGAACAUUUUGCGUGGGGAUAUUGCCAGGCUGAGUAGAUGUACAUCUGUAAUUACUGGGGAAGAUGGACCGAUUCCAAGAUGCAAGCCUUUCAAGUACACCUACGAGAAGGAAAUUGUUAUGUAUGCUUACUUUAAAAAGUUGGAUUACUUCUCCACUGAAUGUAUUUACUCUCCGAAUGCAUACCGUGGCUUUGCUCGCGAGUUCAUCAAGGAUUUAGAGAGAAUCAGGCCACAGGGCAUACUGGAUAUUAUAAAAUCUGGCGAGGGCUUUCGGAUCUCAACAUCCACAAAAAUGCCAGAACUAGGAAAUUGUGAGCGGUGUGGUUAUAUUUCAAGCCAGAAAUGGUGCAAAGCGUGUGUUUUGCUGGACGGGCUAAACCGGGGCUUACCCAAGCUGGGAAUUGGCCGUAGUCGAUGACAAAGCAAUACCGAGAACGCAUAUCAAGAAAACGGGACCACAAAUUUGCAUAGAAAACAAUGUGGUGGUACUUUGAAAUUCUAAUACCAAAGGUUUUGCUCGGUAUUUAUUUAUCAUUUCUAUAAUCAACAUAAUUUCGUCAUUUCGACAAACUCUUCAUAUAUACUCCUACCAUGUAAAGUAAGUAGUUG